GCGUCGGAUAUUAUUGUCCAAAAUAGAUUCUUCUGUAGUCGGGUCGUAUUAAGCUGACUCUGACUGCCGGGUUUGGCGCUACAUUUAUGUGGGCACUAACAGUGACGUCCUGUUAGAACCGGUUAGAACGGGAAUGUCAACUGACUCGAAAAUUGGCCAACCCAUUGUGUACCUUGUAGGGCUACGACACAGAAGUGUCACGGGUUUGCCUACCCUGUGGGCCACGGCCCCUUGCCGAUGAAGGAGCGGGCGAUCCUGCUGAUACUGCUGCUCUGCUGCUGUGGUGGUCGGAGCCCUGACACACGGUGCAGGGAACCUCUAGCGCUCCAGCGUGUCGGAUCCAGGUGCGUAGCGUAGCGCCUUGCGUCAGAACAGGCGGGGGCGGGGCGGGGAGCGCUGAGCCGUAUCCUCCCCGUGGACACCGACGGCCAGGAGGCCCCGCACCCCGUCCCAGUGCCGUCCAGGCGUGCGCCACCGCCACAAUGUCGUCCCGGAGCGCUCCUCCGUGGCCAGUCGGCCGGGCCGUCGCGAUGCUCGUGCUCGCAGCGACGCUCGACGUCGUCCGGAGCAGCCAGGCCCCUGUCAGCCAGGUGCCGUCCAUCGUGGUGCUCUACUCGCAGUCGACCGCCUCGCAGACGGCUCAGGCGCCGCUCGCGGUGCCCCACGGCGGCCACAGGCAGAACCUCGUGUCCGAGGCCCCGCGGGCGGCCAAGCACGGCCCCGCGGGACCCGCUGCAGGAGCCGCAGGAGCCUCGGGGCGCACCGACGCGGCCGCGGCCCCACAGGGCGCCGCCAGCGCGUCGCAGGGGGACGUCCUGCUGCGGGGGCGGUCGCCGACGCCGCGCUGCGCCCAGGGCCAGCCCUUCUGCCUCUACGACCAGGACUAUCCGCAGGAGCGCGUCCACGACAUCCUCAACACGUACCACGACGACGCCAACACGCUGUACCACGCGCUGCACCGCUACAAUCCCCAGGAGCUCAUCAACAGGGACAACGUGACGCACAACUACAGGCACCGAGGGCACUUCGCGUGCGAGUCGGAAGUGGCGUACUUGCGGCCGGGGUGGGCCCGGAACUGGAAGGACCAGUGGGUGGCCGUGGUCAACACCGACAAGUUCCCCCAGAUGGUGCGAGUGGAGACGUGCAAGUUCCUGAACCAGAAGUGCGAGUUCUUGCCGCCGUGCUACAAGUCCUCGUGCGUCCAGCGCUUCGCCGCAACCCGCCUCUUGUGCGUGGACCCGGCCAACCCCCACCAGAGGCCCAUCAUCGACGUGUUUGAGAUGCCCGUGGCCUGUUCCUGUUUCGUUGAAAACUUUCGCUUCCUGUAGCGGUGCUGUUUAUUUUUGUAUUGAAAUUGAAAAUAACACGAGAUUAGGUC